AUGAUCAGAGACGGGCUCGUCGUUGCGCAGCCACACUUCCAACUCAUACCCGAUUCCUACGCCAACGCUCUGGGUAGCGCGGGCACACACCACAUCAUGGAUAUAACCACAAUAUUAAACAAAAAGGCCUCCAUCUCCGUGGUUGCCGCCGACGUACACCAGCUCCAGCAACAUCUCGCCCAGGCCACAGAUGCAAAGUCGCGGUCGCCCUCGGAGAUGGGCUCAGAGCACGGCUCUGCGUCCGGGCCCCCGAGCGAUCACCAGAACACGUAUCCCUCGUCUACACAGUCGCUUCCCCAGAUGGCACACCUGGCACAGUAUCACGCCCAGGCACAGGCUAACAGCCAUGGCAUGAACGGCAGCCAUAACAACUACGCUCACAGCGCCGGUGACUAUGCGAGAAACGGCAAUGGCAGCAUGAGACCUAGUGGUCUCCCUGCACUAAAGACAUUUCACUGUCAGACAUGCAGCAAGGGAUUUGCCCGACGGAGCGAUCUGGCUAGACAUGAACGCAUUCACAGUGGCAUCCGGCCUCAUGCUUGCGAUUGGCCAGGCUGUGGUAAACAGUUCAUCCAGCGCUCUGCACUGACUGUCCACACCCGCGUUCACACUGGUGAGAAGCCACACAUGUGUGAUCGAUGCGGAAAGCCAUUCAGCGACUCCAGCUCUCUAGCCAGGCAUCGCAGGAUCCAUUCUGGUAAACGGCCGUAUAAAUGUCCCUACGCCAAUUGUCAAAAGACAUUCACACGUCGCACAACCCUAACACGUCACCAAAACCAUCACACCGGAACAAUCGAAGAAGCAGCCGCUGAAACAGAAGCCAACCUCCGCCACAGCAAAGACCGAGUCGGCCGACCAUCUGAAUACUCAGAAACGGGAUCCGCCCACUCGACUCCAUCCCCCGCUCAACGGCCCUCUCUUUCCCCAGGCAACGAACUCCCACCGCUCAAUCUCUCCCGCCCGUCAGGAGACUAUUACAUGGGCCACACCUCGCUACCACCACAUCUACGAACAGACUUCCAACAGCCCAGCCCCCGAGCGUCUCCCACCGCCCCCUCACCAACCCUAACCAGCCUAAGUGGGCCGCCAUCCUACCACAACCGACCGUCCCUCACGUCUCACCCGAGCGGUUACGGGCCACCCCAGCCCCUCGAGCCACCGGCUAACAGCGACCCACGCCCUAACAGCGUCGCGGGAAGCCCUCACCUGUCUUCCGUCGGCUGGGCGUCACCAACCCUAAGCAGCAUGCCUUCUCCAAGCUCGGCCUCGGCGCCAGAAUACACUUACCCGGAGCCAUCCAGCCAUCAAUACCCCGGCGGGAUAACGCCACACAUGUUCUUUUCCAGCCAAGGAAUGCGGCGCCCGCAGAGCUCGGAGCCAGAGAAUUACGAUAUGAAGCCGAAACUUGAGAUGAGUUGA